GGCCAGUGAGAUGUCCUGUGGCCCACCAUGCAGAACAAUCACGCUGGAGUGGUGCUACCUCACCCAUCUCUCAAUCUUACUCUAGCCUUGAUCCCAAAGAAACCCAGCCCUCCGAAUCCAGAGCUUUGAGGACAACAGAUAUAAGUAUCAGUUCUCCUUCCCUCCUAAGAAUUUUCUCAACCUCUGUAGUCACUGAAGCGCCAUUUAUAUGCAGACCGAAAGCUCCCUCAGACUAUCUCAGUCAAGCCACCACCGGUUAACAUUCGAUUUAAAGAAAGUGGUGACCCUUUGGAUCCUGGUAAUUGGUGUUAUUGCUGUUCUUCUUUGGGGGUUUUUCAGUUUUCCUAAAAAAUUUACAGUUACAAGACAAACCAAAAACGAGGUGUGCAGCGAUGGAGUAAAGAUUUGCCUUCAUGGCUGGAACAAAUUAAAUCGGAACUGCUUCACUCAUUUCUCACAUGCAAAUUCAUGGUUCACUGCCAAAGAGACCUGCAAAUUCCACGAUGCAACUCUUGCUGUGUUCAACGACCAGACUGAAUUGGAUAUUGUAAUGAAGCAAAUGGAGGAUAUACAAACAUUUUGGAUUGGACUGUACAAAAAAGAUUUUCGCGGACCCUGGGUUUGGACAAAUGGAAGUAAAUACAAUAAUUGGUAUGAAGUCCAAGACUAUGGUCAUUGUGCCUUCCUGCAUAAAAGUGGCAUAGACAGUACCAACUGUAAUGAUCUAAAAGAAUAUAUUUGCACCCAAGAAGGCCAUUGCCCUUGAAGAUUUCUUCCAUCCAAAAGAACAUGAAGAGCAGUGUCUUGCUUUGUCCAUGAUGUGUAAUUCUUCUGACUGACAUCUCUUCAAAUCUAAUUGGACUGAUAAACUUUUACAUGAAUUUUAUCUUCAUUGAAAUAGUUACUAAGAAGCCAGCAAUUAAACUAAGUUUGAUGUGGUGCUGCUGGAUCAUCCAGGUUGGUGCAUUUGAAGAUGUGGCCAUGGAGGACCUUACUCAGAAGUGCUUCAUGUCAGUGGAGCACACUGGGGGGCAUAAAGAAUAAAGAGAAAGAUCCCUCUGCUUGUCUAAAAUUCAUUGACAUCUUCAGAAAAGAAAAAGAAGAGUUGCAGGACAGGGUGAGCAUAAGAAAUGUUUUGUUUGUCCUCAAAUAAUACAUGAUUUGUGUGAAACUGAAGGAAGGCAUAAGGGGUAAACUAUUCUGAUUGAGGACCCUGUGUCACCACUGAGGACCAGGCAACACUCCAUAUGUCUCUAGACCUUUGGUCAAGCUGCCAAACUGAAAGACUUAAGGUAACCUGAAUUUGUAGUUGCCAUAGUUGCUGAAAGAGUGAAGGAUGCAAGUUUUGCAAUGAGUCAGGGUGAGCAGAAUGUGAGCACCCAGAGGUAGAGAGGAACAUGAAGAAAGAAGCUUUGUGACCUUGAAGAAUCCAUGGAGAUUAGCCUGAAUUCCAAAAACUGUUCCACUCAGAUUCUGGAUAACACUGAAAUGAUCAUGAAGACAGGAGGGCACAAACAUCAAUACUGGUCAUCAUUAAAAAAACAAUCUCUUCAA